CUCCCUCCCUCUCUCCACUCUCUGUAAGCAGUAAUCUCCAGUCGCUCUCACUGCCUCGCAGCUUUCUGCCCUGCCACAGCGCAUCUCUCUCUCUCUCUCUCUCUCUCAUUCUAUCUCUCUCUCUCACUCUCUCUCCUUUCGGCUCUACUUUCUCCCCAGUGAGGAUGACAACCCCGAAUUUGAUGAACCAGCGAAGCUCUCAUUCCGGCUGGUGGCUUCUGAGGGAGACCCCACAUGAAUGGGCUUACUGGACGAGGAGGUGCCGCGUCUAAGGAGCUUCGUAGGAAACCUGUCAGCUGUAGCAGUCGCUGAAUUAAUGACUGCAUCUAUCAACUCUCCUGAUAAGACCAUCUCCUUUGGCACAGCCUCAUUACUUUAAAAGCACCAAAACAAAGGCCAGGAUUGCCAGACACAUGUCACAGGUAUAACUUUUCACAUGGUUGAGCAAGAGAUCUCGCUCAUUCAGAGGAAGAUGUCUGACCUUGAGUCAGUGCUCCAGCAAAAGGACAUAGAGUUGAAGGCCUCAGAGACUCAGAGGACAAUCCUAGAACAGGAUCUGGCCACUUAUAUCACCGAAUGCAGUAGUCUAAAGCGUAGUUUGGAACAGGCUCGUAUGGAAGUGACACAGGAGGACGAUAAAGCACUGCAGCUUCUUCAUGACAUCCGGGAGCAAAGCAACAAACUUCAGGAGAUCAAAGAACAGGAAUAUCAUGCCCAGCUGGAGGAGAUGCGAGUUUCCAUUAGACAGCUGGAGGAGGACCUGUCUGCUGCCCGUCGCCGUAGCGACCUUUAUGAGGCAGAACUGAAAGAGUCCCGCCAGGCCAGCGAAGAACUGAAGAGGAAAGCUGCAGAGUACCAGCACAGGAUUCAGAAGGCCAAAGAUCAAGGGAAAGCAGAAGGAGAUGAGACGAUCACCAAGUUGGAGAAGACAAAUACUGAACAGCAUGUAAAGAUCCAAGAGCUACAGGAAAAACUCACCAAGGCAUUAAAAGCAAAUGCUGAGGCUACUGACCUCCUUCAGACUACAAAACUGGCCAAAGAGCGCAUGGAGCGGGAUCUAGAGAGGCUCCAGAAUAAGGAAGACUCCAGUGACAGCCUACGCAGACGUCUCCGUGAGACUGAGGAUGGCAGGAAGACUCUUGAGAACCAGGUGAAGAGGCUCGAGAUUGUUGAGCGCCGGGAGGCCAAACUGAAGGAUGAAAUCCAGAGCAAGGGCCAGCAGAUUCAGCAGAUGGCAGAUAAGAUUCUGGAGCUGGAGGAGAAUUUGCGAGAGACUCAAGCCACAGCCCAGCGCCUGGAGACUCACCUGAAACAGAAAGAGAAGCUCUACGAAGACAAGAUAAAGGUGCUAGAGGCCCAGAUGAAGGCGGACAUGGCCGAUAAGGAGAUGCUGGAGUCCAGUCAGAGCAAAUAUGAGGAGGAGGUGCGGGAGAAGUGCAGCAUCAUCAGUGAACAGAAGGCGACAAUAAAUGCAAUGGACUCAAAGAUGAACAGUCUGGAGCAGAGAAUUGCUGAACUAUCUGAGGCCAACAAACUAGCAGCUAACAGCAGUAUCUAUACCCAGAAAAACAUGAAAGCCCAAGAGGAGAUGAUCUCAGAGCUUCGCCAGCAGAAGUUCUACUUGGAGUCUCAGGCCGGGAAGCUGGAAGCUCAGAAUGCCAAACUGGAAGAGCAUCUAGAGAAAAUGACUCAGCAAGAGCAAAGCAAUAAGAGCCGCGUGCUGGAGCUGGAAACCAGGCUCCGAGAGAUUGGGCUGGAGCAUGAGGAACAAAAGCUGGAGAUUAAACGUCAGGUGACAGAGCUGACCCUUUCACUGCAAGAGCGUGAAUCUCAGAUCAGCAACCUGCAGGCAGCUCGCCAUGCCCUGGAAAGCCAGCUGCAGCAGGCUAAGACCGAGCUGGAGGAGACCACUGCAGAGGCCGAGGAGGAGAUAACUGUGCUCAGAGCACACAGAGAUGAAAUACAACGCAAAUAUGAUGCCUUGAGAGACAGCUGCGCGGUGAUCACAGACCUGGAGGAGCAGCUGACAACAUUGACUCAGGAGAAUGCAGAGCUUAACCGUCAGAACUUCUACCUGUCCAAGCAGCUGGAUGAAGCCUCUGAUGAGAGAGAAGAUCGACUGCAGCUCAGCCAGGAUGUGGACAGGCUGCGUCGGGAGGUGGCUGACCGUGAAAUGCACCUUAACAACCAGAAACAGAAUCUUGAGACUCUGAAGACCACGUGUACCAUGCUGGAGGAACAGGUCAUGGAGCUGGAGACUAUGAAUGAUGAACUGCUGGAGAAGGAGAGACAGUGGGAUGCCUGGAGGGCAACACUGGAGGAGGAGAAGAACCAGGCUGAGCGGAGGACCAGAGAGAUCCAGAGACUCUUAGACACUGAAAAACAGAAUAGGCUCCGUGCAGAGCAGCGCAGCACCGAGUCUCGGCAGGCUGUGGAACAGGCAGUUAAAGAGCACAAAGCUGAGAUCCUGGCCCUGCAGCAGGCCCUCAAAGACCAGAAACUCAAAGCCGAGAGCCUUGCAGACACUCUGAACGAUCUGGAGAAGAAGCAUGCCAUGCUGGAGAUGAAUGCCCGCAGUUUGCAGCAAAAACUGGAGAGUGAGAGAGAGCUGAAGCAGAGGCUGCUGGAAGAGCAAGAGAAGCUGCAACAGCAGAUGGAUGCCCAGAAGACCCACAUAUUUCGUCUGACCCAGGGGCUGCAGGACGCUUUGGACCAGACUGACCUGUUGAAAACUGAAAGGACUGACCUGGAAUACCAGCUGGAGAACAUCCAGCUCCACCUGCAGGCUGUAUACUCUCAUGAGAAGGUGAAAAUGGAGGGAACCAUUACCCAGCAGACUAAGCUCAUAGACUUCCUCCAGGCCCAGGCACACGGUGGCUCCAAGAAGAAAAAGGGUCUCUUUGGACGUCGUCGGGAGGACCUGUUGGCCGCCAUGGCUGCUCAGGCUCAGACUCAGGGUCAGACUCAGACUCAAGGCCAGGCUUCCCCUGUGCCUGCCAUCCAGCCGGUGCCUCUGCAGUACAGCGACAUGAAGGCAGCUCUAGACAAAGAACGUUCUCGUUGCACAGAGUUAGAAGAUGCUCUGCAGAAAAUGAGAGCAGAACUGCGAGCACUGAGAGAAGAAGCUCUGCAGUAUAAGGACCACGGAAGUUCUACAAACCCAGCCACAGCUCGGCAACAGAUAAUUAUGUCUGCCAUGGUGAAGUCUCCUGAGCACCAGCAGGGCCCCACCAGCCUUGCACCCUCCAACUCUGGACGGAGGAAGGACACUCCCACACCCGAGGAGGGAAGGAGGGUCACUUUUGAAAAGUAUAGCCGUCGCUUGAAGGACAGUCAGAGAGACAGAGAGAGGGAGAGAGAGAGGGUGAUGCACCACAACACGCCUCACCGCUUCACAGUGGGACUCAACAUGAGAGCUGCCAAGUGUACCGUGUGCCUGGAUACUGUGCACUUUGGUCGUCAGGCAGCUACCUGUCUUGAAUGCCAUGCAUUGUGCCACCCGAAAUGCUCCCCCUGCCUUCCAGCCACAUGCGGGAUGUCCAGUGACUGCUCCCUGCAUCUGUCUGAGGGCCUGUGUCGAGAUAAGAGCAGCGCUCCGGGCCAGCAGCUGAAAGAGGCCGGCGGACACAUGCACUUGGAGGGCUGGAUGAAACAGCCCAGGAAUGGCAAACGAGGCCAGGGCUGGGAGAGGAAAUAUGUGGUCCUGGAUGGGACUAAAAUAUCCAUCUAUGAGAUAGAGCCCAGAGAAGACUCAGUGAAACCACUGGAGGAGUUUGAUCUGUGUCUGUCAGAUGGGGAGGUGGUGGUUCAUGGAGCAGUGGGAGCAUCUGAACUACCAAACACUGCCAAGUCAGAUGUUCCUUAUGUCCUAAAGCUGGAGUCACGGUGUCACACUCCCUGUUGGCCUGGUCAGGCUGUUUACUUCAUGGCUCCCAGUUUCCCAGACAAACAGCGCUGGGUGGCUGUGAUGGAGUCUGUGGUGGCUGCGGGCCGAGCCUCCCGGGAGAAGGCAGAGGCUGACGCAGCUGCUGUGUCCAAAAGACAAAUGGUUCUGUCUCCACUGGUCCAGAAGCUGCUGGGAAACUCUCUGCUGAAGCUGGAGGGAGAUGACAGGCUGGACAUUAACUGCACCCUUCCGCUCACAGAUCAGAUCGUUCUGGUGGGCUCUGAAGAGGGGCUGUAUGCGCUGAAUGUUAUCAAGAACUCCCUGACUCACAUUCCUGGCCUGGGGUCAGUCUUUCAGAUCUACAUCAUCAAAGAGCAGGAGAAACUGCUGAUGAUUGUUGGGGAUGAGCGAGCGCUGUGUCUGGUGGAGAUUAAAAGAGUGAAGCAGUCUCUGGCCCAGUCCCACCUGCCUAGCCAGUCUGAACUGGCUCCAUACAUCUUUGAGACUGUGAAAGGCUGCCAUCUGUUUGCUGCAGGAAAGAUAGACAACACGCCUUGUAUAUGUGCUGCAAUGCCAAACAAAAUAACCAUUCUGCGCUACAAUGAAAAUCUUAGCAAAUACUGCAUUCGUAAGGAAAUUGAAACUCUGGAGCCCUGCAGCUGCAUCCAUCUGACCAGUUACAGCAUCAUCAUCGGCACAAACAAGUUCUACGAGAUUGAAAUGAAGCAAUUUGUACUUGAGGAAUUCUUGGACAAGAACGACGUUUCGUUGGCCCCGGCUGUGUUUGCAGCCUCGUCUCACAGUUUUCCCAUCGCCAUCAUGCAGGUGGCCAGCAGCAUGCAGAAGGAGGAAUAUCUUCUGUGUUUUCACGAGUUUGGAGUGUUCGUGGACUCGUAUGGACGAAGAAGCCGCACUGAGGAAAUCAAGUGGAGCCGUUUGCCUCUGUCGUUUGCCUACAGAGAGCCCUACCUGUUUGUCACCUACUUCAACUCCUUGGAUGUCAUCGAGGUGCAGGGGCACGCUGCUCUGGGUCCUACAGUGCUGGCACACCUAGAUAUUCCAAAUCCACGUUACCUGGGCCCAGCUAUUUCCUCUGGGGCAAUUUACCUCGCCUCCUCCUACCAGAACAAACUGCGGGUCAUCUGCUGUAAGGGAAGUCUGAUCAGAGAGUCUGGGGAGCUCCAGAGGACCGGGUCCAGUCGAGGUAGUCCCAGUAAGCGGUGUCCACCCACCUACACAGAGCACAUCUCUAAGCGUCUGACCUCAGGCCCCGGCAGCCAUGACGGCUUGCAUCGGGAGCCGAGCACCCCACAUCGUUAUCGGGAGGGCCGCACAGAGUUCAGAAGAGACAAGUCUCCUGCCCGGCCUCUGGACCGGGAGAAGUCACCGGGCAGGGUGUUGGACAGCCGCAGGGAGAGGUCUCCUGGAAGAUUCGGAGACAGCAGUCGACUCCACGCUGGUUCUGUCCGAACCCAGCUCGCACCUGUUAACAAGGUGUGGGAUCAGUCGUCAGUGUGAGUCCACUUGCUGCUCCUGACUGGAGGUUGUAGAGAACCAACUGCAAAAGCCCUUAUUCCACCCUGAGUGCAAGCGCACGCGCGCACACACACACACACACACACACACACACGCACGCACACUGCCUGUACAUAGUGCAGCGUCAGUUCCUCGUUCAACCUCACAAAAACCUGCAACGGGAGACGUCUCCUGUGACAAUCCUCUUGACACGUGCUUUUAUGGGAGUUAUCCCACAGUAGAUUUGGUGGCAGGGAACCUACGCUGAUCUACAGAAGCUACUUUCUAUCUCCUCAAAGUUGUAAAUAUUGCUGUCGGAGUUUUUAUAGAUAAAAGGGAAGAGUCGGCUGGUAAAGCCAUGUCUAUUUUUUUUAAAAAAUGAGUUUCUAAAGAUGUUGCAGGGAGAUUAACGCUGUCGCUGGCUAGGACGUACAAUAUCAACCUUACAUAAGAAUCUGAAAUAUCACAGGGUUUUUUCUCCGUUAAGAGAAUUAAACUGACACUGAAUUACUUUCAUAGCUCACUAACGGAAGGGAGAUCUGAGGAGGCAAGACUUUGCACACAAGACUGGAUUUGAUCAGGAGUUUAAAAGCUCAUUUUUGUUACGCGACCAGAUCAACCGUGUGGUCUUCUUGCCUGAAUAGCCUUUGAUAUAUAACUGCAUAAGAGUGCUUCGACCGUCGUUGUCCGGCCAUACUUUGUAAAACAAUUAUUAAGCAGUGUUUCGCUCCAAGUGUUCCUCGUGUUGUUUUUAGCAAACCUAAGAAAGAAACACGCAGCUCUGCCUCUGAUGCCGGACGCCGUGCUGUCAGGCUGGCUCAAAGCGCCUCAGCUUGCUCUUAGUCCGCUGCUGCCGAUUAUGGUACAGAUGUCCCGUUUCUGUGCAGUGAUAUGAAGUCUAGUAACCGUCAGGGGUCAUCACUUGCUUGUAUCGUUUCUUUAGAGGCAGCAAGACCACCCCCCACUCAUCACAUCAGUGAGCAUGACUAACUUAGAGCAGCACUGUCGCUUUUUGAUCGAUUCUCUUGGUUGUUCUUUUCUGUCAUGUACUCACUUGGAUUUGCAUUCUAUAAGUAGAAAUUGAUGUUAGACAGUGUAACUUAAGAUUUUCUUGAUUUUUAGAGCUGUAUACCAGUACACGCAUUAAACAUGAUUCUAGUGUCUGUUU